AUGAGUGAAAUGGCAGAACCAGCAACUAUAACCAGACCCCUGAUAUCCACCAAGCGACAUAAGAGCAUAAGAAAGAAUUCCAGAAGGAUUUAUUCCCCGUAUCAGGAUGAUAACGGACCAUCUGAUGAUGAAGAUAAGGAUGGAGAAAGAGUGGACAGUAAUGAUCCAGAGGAGUUGUUCCAGAACAUUCAGCUUCAGAAGGAAAUCAUCGCCAACAUCCGAACUAAACCCUGGCCAAUAAGACGCAAGUUAAAAGUUCUCAAGCAAGCCAGAGAGAUUGUUCUGAAAUAUGAGGGCAGACUGACCAGGACGAGAGGUUACCAGGCAGCCGGGGCGGAGUUGCUGAAGAAGAUUUCGAGAGUCUUCUACAACAUCGUUGUCUUGUUCAUUCCUUGGGAGAUGAGGAUUAAAAAGAUCGAAAGUCACUUUGGAUCAGGUGUGGCCUCUUAUUUCAUAUUCCUGCGAUGGCUAUUUGGGAUCAAUAUAGUUCUCACUGUUAUGACUGGAGCCUUUAUCGUGCUGCCAGAGCUCCUGGCCGGCGCUCCGUUCGGUACCACCCGCAGCAAGACCAUCCCCAAAGAGCACCUUUCCUCCGCACAAGACCUGGACACCAUCUGGUCGCUGGGGGGAUAUCUUCAAUAUUCGGUGCUUUUUUACGGCUACUACGGCAACGUGCGCAAAAUCGGCAGUGCUGGCUACAGACUACCCUUGGCCUAUUUUCUGGUCGGGAUGGCCGUUUUUGCCUACAGCUUCAUCACUUUGCUUAGAAAAAUGGCUAAAAACUCCCGCAUGAGUUUAGCCGGCGCCUCAGAUGAGAAUUACACCUUCUGUUGGCGUGUCUUUUGUGCGUGGGACUACCUGAUUGGGAACCCAGAGGCGGCUGAGAGUAAAGGGGCGGCCAUCGUCAAUAGCAUCCGAGAGGCCAUUGUAGAAGAGCAAGAGAAGAAGAAAGACACGAGCCUAGCCGUACUGAUCAGUUUGCGGAUUCUGGCAAACAUCCUGGUCCUUCUGUCUCUUACGGGCAGCAUCUACAUCAUCUACUUUGUGGUGGAUCGUUCUCAGAAACUAGAGCAGGAGAAACCUGAGCUAACUCUCUGGGAGAAGAACGAGGUGAGUGUGGUGGUGUCCCUCAUCACAAUGAUUGCUCCUUCAGCCUUUGAGUUAGUGGCUCAGCUUGAAAUGUACCACCCAAGAACGAGUCUCCGCUUCCAGCUCGCCAGAGUUCUGGUGUUGUACCUCGGAAACCUCUACAGUUUGAUUAUUGCCCUCCUGGACAAAGUCAACAGUAUGAGCUCUGCUAUCCAUGGGGGUCAAGGAAACGUGUCUGACUCGACAUCGUACCUAGCGACGAUCUCCCAGCCUGCCGGGGACAACCUGUCCACCAUCGUCCCGGAUAUCGCCGAGCGGAGGAACAGCACGCUGACCAUGACUCUCCUGGACCUCAACAACAGCAUGACCACCGUUAAGAGCACCACAUCCUCCGCUCAACCAAUGAGAAUGCAGUCUCUGCUAAACCAGACCGUGCUCUAUGGCUACAACAUUAGAUCACAGCAGGACCCCUGCUGGGAAACAUAUGUCGGCCAGGAGAUGUUAAAGCUCUCCAUCAUUGAUAUGAUCUUCACGGUGGCGAGCAUCCUCCUCAUUGAUUUCAUCCGGGGACUGGUGGUUCGAUACUUGAGUGACUGCUGCUGUUGGGACUUGGAGAGCAAGUUUCCAGAGUACGGCGAAUUUAAAAUUGCGGAAAAUGUUCUUCAUCUGAUAUACAACCAAGGAAUGAUAUGGAUGGGAGCAUUCUUUUCACCCUGCCUGCCCGCCUUUAACGUCCUGAAGCUGAUUGGCUUGAUGUACUUGCGGAGCUGGGCUGUGCUGACCUGUAAUGUUCCCCAUCAGCAGGUCUUUAAGGCCUCCAGGUCAAAUAACUUUUAUCUGGCGAUGCUUCUCUUCAUGCUUUUCCUGUGUAUGUUACCAACCAUUUUUGCCAUCGUGAGGUACCGGCCAUCUCAGUAUUGUGGACCUUUCAGUGGCCAGGAGAAGAUUUACGACAUCAUCUCCGAAACCAUUGCCAAUGACUUUCCGCUGUGGUUCAGUAAAGUGAUGAGUUACGUCACCAGUCCUGUGGUAGUGCUGCCCGCUCUGCUGCUGCUCUUCAUGCUGAUCUACUACCUCCAGUCCAUCGCCAGAUCACUCAAAUUCACCAACAGCCAGCUGAGACUGCAGCUGCAGACCGAGAGGACAGACGACAAGAAGAAAGUGUUUCAGCUAGCUGCAGCACGUCUGCAGGCACCUGAGGGCGGCGAUAAAAAGCCGGAGCAAGAGAGCGACAUUACUAGUAUGGAGUCGUCCGCCCGCUCCGCCUCUCCUCCCCGCCGCAACGGCAGCGUCACCAACUUCGAAUCUCCGGUCUGCCAUGGCAACAGCAUUCGGACCAUAACGCAGUCGGCUUCGAGGCCGGACAUCCCUAGAGCCGCCGGAGCGACGCGGAGCCCCUCGGUCCCCGUGCGGCAGAAACACAAAGCAGAGCCUGCGGCCAGUAGGCAUACUGGGUACCUGGGCAGCACCAGCGGUUCCUGCCGCUCUAAGUCCUACCACAACAUGGCCUACAACCCGUGUGCACGGUAUGCUGAAAACAUCCACUCCGAUCCACUGUUUAGGAAAACCCUCCGGCCAAUGCGCACCGAGCCCGGCGUAAUCACGGCUCAGAGCUACGCGGGGCGCCGGACCCAUACAACGCGCUACGUCAUCGUCAACGAACACGAAGCACGCAAGAAGCUCAUGCGCUCGAAUACGCGCGUACCGAGACAUUACCGCCUCGCGGACGACCCGGCGGAGAUCGUAGAGCUCUAUCCACGCAACGUGAAGUGCUACAUUCCUCGUACCCCUCACCGGAGCCACCAGCCACACCUCAGCGAGGAAGAGGAGGAGGAAGAACCGAAGAGCAGCACGAGGAGGGCCUCGUCCAAACAGUCGAACCGUCCGAGAUCGCUGUCGGAUAUUCAUCAGACCCCGCGAUUCUACAUCGGCGAGGCGAGAAACAGUCAGCUGUCUAUGGAGCAGGGUUUAUACGGUGGUGAUGAAGAAGAGGACGAUCAAGAAGACGACGACUGGGUGAACGACCGUCAAACGAACAUCCGAGGCCCGGAGUCGGCUCACAGGUACGGCGAACCGUACGUCAAGCCCAAGACCAAGCAUAAAGUGGAGCCGUCGCUGACCGAGUCGGAUUCGGCAUCGCUGGCGUCCAGUAGUGACCAACAAAACAGCAGCACUGACCAAUACAUCCAAGUCAUUCACAACAAAGAGAAGUACCUGAAGUCCAGCGCCAAGCUGACCAAAAAGAAAUCCAAGAACAGCGUUAAACUCAACGUGUCUGCUACUAACGAUCUCGUCUGCUCCAACGUUUAACCUGUUUAGAGCAUUGUUCAAAAACAAUGGUGAGCUGUCUAUGUAGGAAGCAUUUUAGGUGCGCGCCAAUACUAAGUGUGUUUCGAAAGGUAGGUCGCAUUAUUAUCCUGCCUGCUGAAAUCGGGAAUACGUGACAACUUUUAAAAUCGGCAACAGUUUUGAAAACACUUGGCAUCAUGACCUGAUGACUUUUCAGGUGUUCCUAGUAAUUUCCCCUUGACCACAAAACCAGUCAUACGUAGCAUGGGUAUAUUUGUAGCAAUAGCCAGCAAUACAUUGUAUGGGUCAAAAUUAUGCCAAAAAAACUUGGAUAUUAAGUAAAGAUCAUUGUGCAUUGAUAUUUUUUGUCAUUUUCCUACCAUAAAUAAAAAAUAAUACUAUUUAUUAGUAAUAUGCAUUGCUAAUAGCCGCAUUUGGACGACUUUCAUACCCUAUCUCAGCCAGAUACUGUCCUAUCCUAACAAACCACACAUCGAUGCAAAUAUUAUUUAUUCAGCUUUCAGAUGACGUAUAAAUCUGAAUUUCAGAAAACUGACCCUUAUGGCUGGUUUUGUGGUCCAGGGUCCACGUAUGUGUUUUAAAACCAACUCAAAAUGUCAAACACGUUUGACAUCCUCCAUCUAAUUUGAAUCAGGCAGACCGUCAUACACUACGCAUUUUUCUGUGAACCCUGAAUGCCUUGCAAAAUGACAAGCAUCUAACAUUGAAAUGCCACCUUCUGGUCAAAGUGUAAUGCAGCUUCGUAUGCAUCCUUCACCGGAACGAACCAUAAAUAACGCAGCAUUCCAAACAACUCGGAUUCUCCCAUAGAUACGCAUACAUACAUGCCUUAUUAGUAGCUGAUUCUAUGGGCCAGUGUAUGUAAGCAACUUGCUAUAUUGGAAUGAUCAAAGCCUUACUAUAGUUUAAACUUAUCAUCAUUGAGUUCAUACAUUAUUAAAAACACAAACCAACACAUUCUCACUUAAAGGAAUAGUUCUCCCAAAAAUUUUAAUCACCCUAUAUUUUACUCACCCCGAAGCCAUCCUAAGUGUAUAUGACUUUCUUCUUUCAGUUUUUUUUUCCAAGCUCAUGGACAGUGUCUAUUAUUUUGAAGCUCCAUAAAUCGGAUAUAUCUGCAAGUACUGCGACGUAAAACUAAUCUAUAUGCCUUCGGGGGGUUAUCACUUGUCCUCUGAAGGAGAUCGAAGGGUUUUUGAAACAAAAUAUGUCUAGCUUUAAAAUCAUAACAUAACUGUUUCGUGUUAUUUUCCGCGAGAAGUAACCUAGGACGCGGUGUACGAUGCAACUUAAGUCGUACGUUGAGUCGGAAGUCAUCCAAGAAGCCAGAACUCGGUGCUCAGUUAUUUACGUUAUCGUUUAAAAACUAGAAAUAUUUUUGUUACAAAAACCCAUUGAUCUGCUUCAGAGGAUAUGUGAUAGUCAGGGUGAGUAAAAUCAGGAUUUUUUUUUUUUAUUUUGGGGUGAGCUAUUUCUUUAAGAAAGUUUAUCCCAUUUCAUCAGAUAUUUUGGCUCUUUUUAUAACCAGAAGGUACGCAGUGUUGUGGCAAAAAUUCAAAAAUUCUUGGAAAGUGACCUUUCCAAGAUGGCGGACUCGUUGAGGUGUCUGGAUCGAAUGUUGCAUCGUACACACAUCUAUGUGAUACCCCCACUUCUGCUUAAAAAUAACCACUUGAAUAGUGUUGGGAUAAUCCAACUCAAUCAGAGCAGAUCUAUCAACUUCCAAAUUCAAGGAGAAGCACAAUUUUCAAGUCAAUGGUCAACUAAAGUGACAUUCUGUUGGUUAUUUUUAAUGGAAGUGAGUUAAUUCUAAGAUUGUUUUGGGUAAGAGUGUAGUGUAGCAACGUGCAAAUGACAAAAUGAGUAUAUCUAUGAGAUGGAAUCAGUGAGUUAUGAAUUUCCAUAGUAGUUAGGAUCCGUCUUUAAAAGUCAGCUGCCGAUGUAAGUAGUAGACAGCAUGGCAGCUUACUAGGCUUUGGAACAGAGCCAAUGAUUCGGUGUAAUACAUAUAGGUUUAUCAUAUAAAAGCUGCAGUUUUGCCUUGUA